AUGUCAUAUCCCUGGAGUAACAAAAACGGCGAAGCGGCGAGUUCAUCAAAAACUACUGUCGCGCCACCAUUGAGUCCUCCUCGUUACGAGAAAGUUCUUGAUUUCAGCACACUCGACACACAACGUCAUCGUUAUGAAGUCAGAGAUCAGGCAAACCAACGUGCAGUUGUCUCGUCAGCAAAAGCCGAGUCUUCCAUGAUCGACAAAUUCUGCAAGGAAAAUACCAGAAUUCAAACAAAUCCUGGCAUCGAUCUUCCCGACGACUACGGUACCGAUGCGAUCGUUGCGAAUGCAAUCGGUGAUCAAAGAAUAGUAAACAAUUUGAAAUGUGUCCACGUUACCACGUUCAACGCAGUACAACAAAUGUCAAUUCAAGUGAUUCGAGAAGGACGAGGGCUUGUUGUCGAGGCACCAACGGGUAUUGGUAAAACAUAUGCAUUUUUGAUCCCGGCGAUUGAAGCCGCAUUGAAAAAUCGUCAAUCAAAUUGCUUCGAGUACACGAAACCGUCACCUUCGAUUUUGAUUAUGGCAAGCACAUCGGCUUUGGUGGAUCAGCUUUUCAAUCGCUGUGAACUCAUUCUUGGAUUACAGUGCAUGGACAAUGUUGAGCCAAUCCGUGAUAUCAAGAUUGAUAAACUUGUCGCUAACCAUCCUUUCACUAAAGGCCAAUGCGACAUUGCAUUCUGCACAAUCGGCAAACUGAAAGCGACGAUUGAAUGUGGCGACGUAUGCCUUGAUAAUUUGAAAACGAUUAUUCUGGACGAAGCUGAUAAAAUGAUCGACAAUUGUGCUUUCGGUCCCGACAUCAAUUGGAUCCUGGAUCAACUGAAGGAAGAAAAUCUGGAAAAUCUACAGUCGUGCUUCUUCUCGGCAACCUAUAAUAAAAAUGCGAAUGGCACAAUUGCAUUGACUGUACUUCAAAUGAGAAUGUUGGGAGAAGACGAUCCGUGGUCAGUCAUUAUUUGCCCAAGAAUGUCAGGAUACAUCACACAGCGAGUUGUAAGAGUGGGAAGAGGAAGGCCAAAUGAUAUUCGUUCACAUCCCUGGGUUAUCAAAAUGGGAAUCAUUCGCAAAUUGAUCGACGAUGAUCUGAAGGAGACUGGUUGCAGUAAAGAUGGACCUUAUAAUGAGACGAUUGCCAUUUUUUGUGAGACUGUCCAAAGAGUUACUCAGGUAACCAUGGCUCUCCGUCAAUUGGGAUACAAUUUCAAGCCCGUAUGCAGCAUGAUCACGAAAAAUCAGCAGCUCGUCACUGUUAAUGAUUUGGAAUUCCGAAAAAUUCACGGAGUUGUCUGCACCAACAUCUUGGCAAGAGGAAUUGACGUGUCAUCUGUGAAGCAUACAAUCAUCAUGGAAAUGUCGGCAGACUUUGACACCUACAAGCACAGGAUUGGUAGAGUUGGACGAGACGGAUGUGGCGGAAAAUCGACGGUUCUAGUUGAACAUCACCAACUGCAAGGAGGACCAGCUUCAAAUGUAAUCGAACAACUUUACAAUUUCAUGAAGGAAAGUAAGGAAGAUAUUCCACAAUGGAUGCAGGAGUGGAUCGUCGCUCGUCGAAACAACAAUAUCGACUCAUGGGCUUAAUGAAAUAAUUGAUUUACUGUCAGUAGUAUUUAGUUUUCCGUUUCUCUCUUCACUUAAGUUUAUUGUAUUCUUGUUUCUAUGCAUUUAUUUUCCGCUCCUGUACAAUGUUUUUGUUGUUGUUUUUGUCUAGAAUAUCAUUAGUUUCAAUAAAUUUUAAUUUU